CUCGGAUCCAAUCGAACAAAACAGAAUAGAACAUCCGCACGGUACGUACGAAUGCGUACUAGGACGAGUUACACUGGAUCAUACUCGGAAUAUUCUUGUGCGUUGUGCAAUACCAACGUGUCUCCGACGGCAAUGAAGAACGAGUCGAGCAGAAUCACGGCGGACAGUGGGUGGGUAAAACGGGUCGAUCCCGGCACCGGCCGGGUCUUCUAUGCGAACCACAUCACCCGCAAAACCCAGUGGGAACCCCCCGAUGGAUGGGUCGGAGAAUCCCCCCCGACACCUCGGUUUCAGAGCCGCAACAACGAGGAGCCCCUGCCCUCCAACUGGGAGACCAUGCACGACCCGUCGACCGGGAAGCCCUUUUACGUCGACCACGAACGAAAGAUCACGCAGUGGACGAGGCCCAGGGCGGAGAAGCGGCAGGAGAAGCAGCUGCGGCCGUGGCAGCAACCGGCCAGUGCCGAACCGCCGAGGCCAUCGCACAGCAAGGGCACCACGUCCUGCGGGUCUAACCGCACCUAUUCCGAAGAGGCCGCUUACAACCAGCGCUUGCAUUCCGGCGUGUCGUCCGACGUGGACCUCUCCGGAUCGAUGCCGGAACUCGAGUUUUCUGUGCGAAAGGUCGCCGACAAGCAUCGAUUGAAUUGCGCACACUGCGCUGUCUUGUUCACCGUGAGCAAGCGCCGCCACCACUGCCGAUUGUGCGGGGACGUGUUCUGCGAUGCCUGCAGCUCGCACAGGGUGGACCUGCCGCUUCCGGGACCGGAGUUCGACAAGCCCGUUCGAAUCUGCGACUUCUGCAACGAAGACGUUCGGCAGGGGAAUUUCUUUUCUCUUCGACGGUACCUGACGCCUCUGGCGCUCUUUGAUCCCAACCUUCCCGGCGACGGCGACUUCGACAACGCCGACGUACACGGAGUGGCCUCUUCCUCGAACGUGAACGCGGCGCUUUGCGCUCUGACCUCCGAUCUCGACGAAGUAAUGCGCAACACGAAUGGUUUUGAGAAACGGGUCACGAUUCCCCCUAGCGUUUUGGUCCCGAGCAUCACCAAGCACCUGACUUCCAAGAGAGACACGGCGGAUCGAGCCGUUAGGGCGCUGUCCAGCUUGCUCACGAUAGGCUCUAUGGUGGGCAAAAACGAUUUUGCACACGCCGUGUAUUUGUACGGUGGCAACACCGUUUUCGACAGCAUCUUGACGAUUCUCGAGCGGUCUGGAUCGGACGAAAGGACCCUCUUUGUCCAAGAGCAGGCGGCGCGGGCAGUCUUUUACCUGACGGACGCGGAAGUAUUGUCGACUCUCAUGCAAACACAUUCCCAGCUGGUGGCGAAACAAACGAGCAGCACGAGAAGCAGCGGCAGCACCGACGACGACGAAGGCAUCGGGGAUCUGGACUCACUCGACAUCCAACGAUCACUCGCUAAUUUUCUGGACCACGCCUCUAGCAAAAAAAAUCCAAACCUCCAGCGAUGGUCUGCUGCCACCGUCCGCAACCUCGUCGUGGAAGAUCAGCGCCGGUCCUGCCUGGCGAUCAACGAGGUUGCGGCCUGUUUUGCCACGGGAGAAACAACUGCCUCCCUGGGUUACGAAUCCCUUAUAGAUCAAAUGGUCUCGUCCGGAGGAAUCAUGAUUUUGUGCAGCCUCGUCGGAACCGACGAUUCCGAUACACGAACGCACGCCAUCGCCGCCCUCGGGGCCGUGAUCUCGGCCACGCGUGCCGUCGACGAGGCCCUUGCCUCGCUCUACGAGAUGACCGGGGGCGUAGUGGGCCGAACGGACAAGAAGGACGGCGACAUUCUUCGAGCCAUAUCCGCCAGCGGGGGCUGCGGUUCAUCGGUAUCGCAGCUGCUGCUUUCUGCCGACAACUCGGUCGCGAGCACGGGAUGCCAGUUCCUUGCGUCCCUGGUGCGGCCUCUCUUGCUUGACCCGCUGGGUUGUGCCACACUGCCCCCGCAAUACGAUUGGCGCAACGACGAUUCGGGAAUGGGAGCCUGCCGAGAGGCAGCCAUCGAAAUUGCCAGCGAGAGCUGCUUGCCGGCGCUGGAAUCCUUGGUGCGAGAAAAAGGUCGGACGAGUCGCCCCGCGGAGCUUCGGAGGCUGGCCAUGGAGACCCUCGCCGCCACCGUCAUGGCAGUGGGAGAAAUGGGAAAGUCGUGGGCUGGAGGAAAAUACGAAGAAGGGAUGGAAAACAACGGAUCUCCCGCCACUCUGCUGCGUGCCGUUGCCUCUCUCAACGACGAGGGCCUGAUCGAUAUGGCUCUCGAAAUACUUGAAUCGUCUUCCAUGCAAUCCUUGGGGUCGACAAAGGAUACUCCUACGGCAAGAAUCAGAGAAUGUGCCGGAAUCGUUCUGGGUUCCCUCACGUCCUGUUCAGCGGAGGCGAUUAUGGAGUUGCACUCCCGUCAUCUCCUCUCCUCGCUGGUGUUAGCCGCCAAUGACGAUAGCAUGGCGGCACCGUCCAAUCUGCGGGGAGACACAUCCCCGCGGUGCCUAGGUAUGCUGGAGGCGGCCUCGGCGGUGCUCAUGUUUGCAUGGCAGCAUCCAUCAGGAGCAUCCUCCGAACUCCUUGAUCGUUUGAUAGAAUUGCUCGAUGCCGGAACCAUUACCUACCUGUUCCGGAUGAUGACAUCGAAAAUCGAUUGGGAAUCACGCGACAAGUCGUCUGGCGGCAUGAAGGCACGAUCUGCUGCCUGUCGUCUCGUGUGCUGCCUGUUCGGAAUAGCAAUGACGGACAAAACGGCGAUUGGAAUGCGCCGGCUUAUGGACGCAUGUGACGAAGACGAAGCCCAGCGAAUGGUUCGAAAUGGCCCACGAAAUAUUAUGGAGGCCGUGCUGACUGUGCUCCAAAAGUCACUAGUGGAAGCACACAAGGUUCUGGUGGGAGGAGCCAGCCGAGGUCCCCAUUAUCAAGCAGCCUUGCUGGAUCUAGUGGAGUGCUCUAUUCUCGCUACGGGCAGCAUCUGCGGCUCUGCUGUUGCUCCGGAUGGAGGAGAUGGAACCAUGAUCAAGGGUGAUGCGAUGCUCUCGAUGAGAGUCGACGAAUUUGAAUCGAGACGGAAAGAGGUCUGCAGUGUCGCCUGCGAUGUUGUCGUUCGCGGCGGGCGUAGCGGGCCGGCACUGCUGCCGACUCUUUUGGUCGGAGGAUUCGGCGAGGGUUCCGUGCCUGCAUCUCUUCGGCUGGCUCUCGCCAUUGCCCAGAACGGAAACGAUGACCAGCACUCCAAACUUGCGCUUAGCGGACUCCUGGUUCCGGUGAGUGAUUUGCUGAGAGUGUCCCUCGCCAGGGGCGAUCUGUACAAAUUUUCUGCCGCGCUCGCCCUAGUGCGGUUUUGUGGUCCACACGUGGCAGCGGGGGGCCGGGGCGGUGUACAAUCGGUUCGGGAGGCUAUCCGGGUGGCCACAAACGUUCUCACCCUGCCAAAUUAUUCUGAUGCAAGCACGGGUCAAAUCGAAAACUGGGAAGCUUUGAAGUCGGAAUGCAUCAACGCACUGGAAUCUCUGAGCAAGAAUGCUGCCCUCUGGAGUGCCAUCUCCACUGACGCCCUUCCCUCGAUUGUGACCUAUCUUCACGAUAGCUUCGAGGCGGAACACAACGUCCCCGAAACGAAAUCGUCGGCAUUGCGUGCCAUUCUCCAGAUUGCACAAGUACCGUCUCAUGCGGUCUCGGCAGCAGAGGUCGGAUUGGCCAGACCUAUCGGGCUGCUGCUGAAAAGCAACAAUGCUCUCUGUGCCCGAGGACAGAGAGUGGACAGAAACAUGCAAGCACUGGGCAUGGAAGUUCUUCAUGUUCUCAUCGCACGACCAGAGAGUCGAAGGCAUUGCAACCUUCUACAGGGCGAUAUCCUUCGAGCCGUUUGCGCUGUUGUUGCUUUGAGUGUCACCGAUGCAUCCAAUUACCAGUCAGAAACCAUGGAGAAAAUAACCGUUCUAGGCCUCGAAAUUCUGCUGUUCGCUCUAGGAGAAGUGGAGUCGUCCGGAAACGAAGAUACUGCGGUCGUCCUGCAAUCACAGGGGGCGAUUGCCUUUCUCGAUGCGGUGUCCUCGGAGGGCCUUUUUGUCCGUACUUUGUGUAGCACUCUGUUGACAAAAACCGGUAUGAAGAUAAUGUCGCACGAAAGCGGAUGUGGUGACAAGGAAACGAUCGACGUUCCCGACUUGUACGGCGAUCCUCUGCUCUUUGUCGAGCAGAAAUGUGCUGGUUUCGACAACACAUAUGAUGCUGCUGCAUCGAUACUAUUUGCGACCAUGGCCUUUGCUUGUGCUAUUGAAUCGCACACAAGUGAAAUCUUGUGGAAGUACAUUCUUCUCCAGGAUCUACACGAAGAAAGGGAGGUGAACGAAUGCGUCCGAACAUCGUCGACGUUUUGUGCAAUCUAUCUUCGUUUGUUGAUGGAAGACUUUGUUGGAUUUAUACCGAAGAGAGCUGCCGGAAAGAGAGACUAUGAGAACCUGACGCGGCCUUUGAUCCGAUACCGAUUGUUGGAGUCACUGAAAACCGCACUCGAUGAGCUCACAAGCGAGUCUGUUCUAGGCCACAGAGAGAUUGACGCUUAUAUGCUUAGCCUUCUUGUGCAUUUCAAUGUACCAUAUAUCUGCCUCUUGGUUUGGAGGGAUCCUGCUCUGUUGGAACUUUCGUUUCAGCUUAUCAAGGUGAUGGUCGAAGCUGAUCCGGACGAGGUUAUUCAUUUGUUUGUAGAGAGCAAGGAAGCGAUAACGUCGCUCUUUGAUCUUCUCAAUUUAGAUAGAUCGACCGAAACACACAUAGAGGUGGACGAAAUCCAGCGGUUUCUUGCCAUGACUCUGGAGAAAUUGGCACAGGGUGGAGUGUUGGCAGAUGCGGUUGAAAAGUUUGACGUAAGAAGCAUUGCCAUUACAGCUCUUGCUACGGCGUGCUUGAACGAGGAAGACCAGGCCGCCGAUGACGAAGAAGAACUGACAUCCAGCAAGCUGGCAAGUGAUCUCAUGCACACCCUGGUGGAACUGUGCACGGUUUCGAAUGGUGAGGAGGAGAAGAAGAUUGAGCUUACACCAGGAGAAGCUGAGGCGAUCGCCGUGAGCCUUGGAGAAACGAUUUGCAAGAUGGUGAUUGCCAGAUUUCUGGAAAGAGCCAAACUUCAGCAGUACGAAAUCGAAGAGGACGAAAACAUCAUGAAUACACCAGAUGUUGCUAUGCUCUGCGCCAUCUCUCAGCACGAUAUUGCGCUGCAAAAUCUUCGGUCUUUUGGAGGCCUCCAUGCGAUCGCAAUGAUUGCUGGCGAGGGAGAAAUCACAGCCAUUCUUGCACUUCAGAAAGGAUGCAAGGAAGAUCCAUCACUGCUGAUCGAAGCCGACACAUAUGCAUCUAUCCUUUCCCUAUUUUCUCUUGAGAAAGACCAUCUACUUUUCAAGCGUGACAAAUUACUAGGUUGCAAAGUUGAAACUGCGGCUUUUGAGCUUCUUGCCCAACUGUGUGUGGCUUCAUCGAAGGGCAGACUUGCCGUCGCUGGAGCUCGGGACUUUCAAAACUCAUUAGACACGGCGUUACGAAUCAUCAGUGAAGUUGUUCUACGCAUAAACGACGAACCAGCAGCCGAAGAAGACAAGAAGCUGAACGAAAUCGAAGAUGAAGAAAAAGAGGGUGAAGGCAGCCGCGACUGCCAAAAUGCUCCGAAGUCGAUGGGUGAUCCGAAACGCCUUGGGGCGGCCUACUCGUUCCUAUCAGCAAUGACUCCCAUUCCUAGCGCUCGGAUUACCCUAUUGAAUAAUGAGAAGUUCGUCCAGGCGUCUUCGACCUUCAUCUCUGACAAUAGUGACAGAAACCUGCAGUUUGCAGCACUCAGAGCUGUUGUGAAGCUUGCUCCUUAUUCCACUGGCAAUGGGCCACUUUCAACCGAUAACGUCGGAGACUUGCUUCAAUCAGCGUUGGCUGCCGAGCCGAAAUUUUCCGAUGCUAGUAGCACUGGAUGGAACAGGAAUCUGUUUCAUGUUCAAGCUGCGGAGGGAAUUCUCUCCGUCUUUGAUUCCCUCCCGGCAUCUAAGCAGGAAUGUAUUUUCAAGGAUGUAAUCAGAAGAUAUAUCAAGCUCCUGAAGAGUCACAGCAUCGCAAGAUCCACGAAAAUGAGCGAACGAGCACACGCUGGGGAACUUGCGUAUAACCUCACAACGUUGAUAAUGGUUGCAAGAGGCAAAGAUUGCAUAGCUCGGCUCUUUGAUUCGGAUGCAACCGUUUUGCUUGUGAACACGGUUCAGUGGAGAUACGACCCAAAAACCGUUGUCGAACCAGAUGCUGCAACGUUCUGGGACGCUACCACAACGCAGUGCUUACAAAUUCUGGCGCAGCUUCUUUGUUCAGAUAUCUCCUCGUCGAGAAAGUCCGGAAUCAAUGUGCGAAGCUUGAAGAACAGCGUUUUUAUGGUUGCGAGAGUCGGGAAAGCUCCUCGCAAAGCUAUUGACUUCAUUUCCGCUCUCAAACUUGUUUCAAAGAAUGGAGAAGCUGCUGCCAAAGUGGCCUCGCAACGCAUACUUUCCUACAUGAACAAUAAUAAUACUUCGUGAUCGAUAGUAAUAUUUAUAUUAU